UCUUUCCUUUUCUUCCUUCAACUGCCAUCCUUUUCCUCCGCUACUCGCUUCUUUCAAGAUCAUUCUUUUUCUCCAAUCUCUCCAAUAAUAAAAAAAGAAGAAGUGGUUUUGGAAUUUUUGUUGACUUUAAUUGUCCUCCGUUUUCUUGGCAACCAAACGGGGGACAAAGAAAAAGAACAACGCCUGAGAAUGCUUAGACCUGGGUUGCAUUUUGGGAGAGCUCGCGGCGAGGAUCGGUUCUACAUUCCUGUAAAAGCUAGAAAGAAUCAGAAUCAAAACCAAAAACAGCGAAAACAGAGGCAACAGAAACAGCAAGAACAUGCUGUUCAGGGUGAAGAUAACCACAAAAACUAUGGUUCAUCAUUAUCUACAUCGCAAAAGAGCAAGACUGUAGGUCCUGAUAAUAGGAAGAUUGCAUCAGAAGCUUCUCUUUCAAGUCUGGUUUCAGGCUCCGAGGCACCUGUGAUUUCUCAGAGUAAUCUUCAGAGAUUUCUGGAAUCCACCACGCCAUUGGUCCCAGCUCAGUAUUUAUCUAAGACAACAAUGAGGGGAUGGAGGACUUGCAAUGUUGAGUUUCAGCCUUACUUCACAUUAGAUGAUCUAUGGACAUCUUUUGAAGAAUGGAGUGCAUAUGGAGCAGGAGUUCCUUUGGUGCUUGAUGGCAGUGAUUAUGUCAUGCAAUAUUAUGUGCCGUACUUAUCUGGUAUCCAGUUAUAUGUUGAAUCUCUACAAUCAGAUGCUAAGUCAAGGCUUGGUGAAGAAAGUGAUGGUGACUACUACAGAGACUCAAGUAGUGAUGGUAGUGAUUAUGAAAUUGAAGGUGUUAAGUUUUCUAGAGGGAAAUGUCGUUAUCAAAAUUUGAGAAAUGAGAUCCCUUCUAGAAUGAAUGGUUUGUCUAUAAGUGAUAGUAUAAUGCAAGAAGGCUUUUCUAGCAAUAAUACUGAAGCUGGGAGUUUUCAGCAUCCCCUGGUGUUUGAAUUUCUUGACCAGGGUAGUCCUUAUUGUCGUGAACCCUUGGCAGAUAAGAUUUCAGAUCUUGCACGCCAUUAUCCUAAGCUAAAGACAUUAAGAAGUUGUGACUUACUGCCUAUUAGUUGGGUAUCUGUUGCCUGGUAUCCUAUUUACCGAAUACCCACUGGUCCAACAUUAAAAGAUUUGGACGCUUGUUUUCUGACCUAUCAUUCCCUUUCCGCACCCACGGAAGGCAAUGGAAGUAGACAUGCACCAUUUGUAGUCUAUCCCAAUGAGGUGGAUGGUAUCCCAAAGAUUUCCUUAUCCGUUUUCGGAAUGGCUUCUUACAAAUUCAAAGGAUCCAUGUGGGCACGAAAUGGUGCAAAUGAAAGUGAGCAUCAACUUGCAAAUUCCCUCAUGAAGGCUGCUGAGAACCGGCUAAGACUGCUCCAGGUCAAUCACCCAGAUUUUCAGUUUUUCGCUUCACAUGGAAUGUAUGACAGGUGAAUUCAAGAGACAUGCUGGUGGUCUAACUCUCCCUUCCCUUCUGAUUGCGCUGCAAAAAACGAAACAAAAAAAUAAUAAUGCAGAAAACAUGCAUGCUUAGCAUGUUAUGAAAUUGAGGAUAUAAGUUUUGGGAAUUGUUGGUAACAUGCUUUUUGAGGGAAAUAUGCCUGGUGUGUUUUUCCCAUUACUUGUGAUGGACAAUACACAGAAAAAAAGUGAACUAGUCGGAGAUUUUAAUGUGAUAGAAGAGGAUAGCUUAAGACGGAUAAUAAACAGAUCGAAGAAUUCAUGUUGUUAGAGGAAGCAAAAUGGACUGAGAGAGCAGCUGGUAAUGAACAAGAUGAUAUCUGGGAGAUGGCCUACACGAUUGAAAGUUGUUUCCACAAACUUCCAGGGAGAAUAAAAUCGCCUGCUCCUCAAACUGCUUACUUUAUUUCGGUUUUAUGACAAAGAAGAUUAUGUGGUUGAAUAGGCAUUGUUACAGCUUUCAAAGAGAUGUUUAUGUGGUUGAUGUGGAAGAAAUUUAAUCUCAGGUUGUUAACUUAUGUGUUGUUUAUUAUUUGAGAAUAAAAAGGGAAAAAUGAG